AUGUCUAACAAUCCCUACAUCGCUCAAAAGGACGCCGCCCAGUCCAUAAUCGCUCAGAAGGACACUACCCAGUCCUUCAUUGCUCAGAAAAAUGCUACCGAGCCCAUUCAAGACGACGAUACCGAGGACACUAGGAUCAUUCAAAACCCUGGAGAGGCCAAAAUUGACAUCGUGUUUGUCCAUGGCCUAAUUGUCAAAGAAGCUUGGACAUCCGACGGACGUGUUUUCUGGCCUGACAGACUCCUCGCAUCAAAAGUCCCAGAAGCCCGUAUCCUAUCCUUUGAAUAUUCGGAGAAGAUUAGUCCUAUUUUCGAAGAGGGAACUCAGAUUCCAGUCAUUUCCGACCGGUUGCUCUCCGACUUAGUGGAUCUCCGAAAGGGGACUGUAGGCGGGGUGAUUUUGGAGGACGCCAUCGUGAGAGCAUCUACUAGUCAUGACCAAAGAGAAAAAGGGCUUGUUCCUUGUAUUCGCGGCAUUUUAUUAUUAGGUACACCGCACUUCAAAGAAGGGUUAGAAGAGGAUGCCAAGAAAUAUUUCGAAUAUGCUAGAAGCCCGGAAAGUCCAGCCUUCAAUGAACAAUUACAGCCUCUAAAGCUGAUUUGCCAGAACUUUGUCGAUCUUCAAAAGACUAGUCAGGCCAAGUUCGAGAUGGCGAGUUUCCGUGCUGGCAGAGGGAACGCGGUCAGCGAGGCGUUGGCUCAAUGGUCGCAAAACUCACGGUCACGGGUGCUGGAUCGCGACCAGCUACAAUUGAGUCAGUACGAAAACGAAAAGAGUCGUGACUUUAAGCAGGUGGUGCGGACUAUUACCUCUUGGUCGGAAGAUGUCCAAGAGUCAGAGACUCGCCUUGCUGGGUCAGAAUAUGUGUCCCAUGCGACUUUUGCUGGGUCGAAGAGUACUGGAAUGCAAGUUGGGCAGAAUACUUCUUCUAUUUCGGGGCUCACCUUCAAUGGUACGAUUUCUUGA